AUGAUACCACUGGAACAUGAACCCACCAGCCGGCCGUCUGGGGGGGGAAGAGAUUGCGUUCCUCGAUUCCUCUCCUGGCCUGAGUUAGGAACUGAGGAACUGAAAGGUUCGGGCAGAUUCAAAUUUGCCACCUUCGCUACCGGACGAAAAAGUCACUCUAUCGACUCAGGAUCGACCACCUGGGUAGCAACCCGCAUACAGAGGGUUUACGAGGCAUUCCAGUGUGAAUGUAUGGGAGAUGCCACUGCAAAAAGCGCGUCGGAACAAUACCAUACGGUAAGCGAGUUGCGAGUCAGACUAAGAGACACUAGUAAUCUGCUAAGGCCGAUCUAUUGGGACCAACUCAUCCACUCUUGCGCCUUAUCAUCUUCCCUCGUCUGGUCUCUCCAGCCACAGUAA